AUGUCUGGCACGCCCUACCAGGCUGUAUUCAACAACAGUAACGCCAACCUCCACCCUGCAGGCCAACACGAAGAUGCUCGCGAUACCCAGUACUACACUCCGGAGACUCAGCCACUAGAGCUUCAUCACGAUGACCUCCCUGCGGGCGCUGGUGCCCCGCGUUUCAUGGGUGCUGCUGCCCAGUACGAGGGCAACCGCGCGUCCUACGCGUCUUCCCAGAACAGUAUCCCCACUGUCGUCGGCGACGAGUACGACGGACAGAAAGGCCGCGGGUUCUAUGGCAUGAACUAUGAUGAGUCCGAGUACGCCUCUCAGGCUGCUCUUGGCGGCCCCAAGACCUCCUCCGAGGGUUCCCCCUAUCUCCAGCAGCGUAAUGCCUACAACGCCCCAGCAAAAUCCCGCAAGAAGAUCAUCAUUGGCUCCCUCAUCGCCCUCGCGGUCAUCGCCAUUGGUGUGGUCGUUGCACUGUACUUCACUGUCAUCAAGCCCAAGAACAAGAACAGCACCAGCAACAACACAGCCAGCGGCGCGUCGAACAACGGCUCUUCCAGCGACAACGGUAGCACCUCAUCCAGUCCUUCCUCGCUUGUGGCUGUCAGCGGUGGCGAUGGCAGCACUGUUACGAUGUUUGACGGCUCGACUUUCACGUACACUAACUCUCUCGGCGGCACCUGGUACUACGACCCCGCGAACCCCACUGCGAGCGGUGCGCGGCCAAACUCUUGGACUCCUGCUCUGAACGAGACCUUCCAAUUCGGUGUCGACCCUAUUCGAGGUGUCAACCUUGGCGGAUGGCUGGUUACCGAACCGUUCAUUGUUCCUUCGCUCUACGAGAAGUAUGUCAACACCUCAACCCCGGUGGUUGACGAGUGGACCCUUACCCAGCGUCUCACUGCCGACGGCGCCAUUGACGAGCUUGAGAACCACUACAAGACCUUCAUCACCGAGGCAGAUUUCGCCGAGAUCGCCGCCGCAGGCCUCAACUUCGUGCGUAUCCCCAUCGCCUACUGGGCCAUCGAAGUCCGUGAGAACGAGCCUUUCCUCGCGAAGACGUCCUGGACGUAUUUCCUGAAGGCUAUCCAGUGGGCGCGCAAGUACGGUCUCCGUAUCAACCUCGACUUGCACUCUCUGCCGGGUUCGCAGAAUGGCUGGAACCACUCCGGCCGUCUCGGCGACAUCAACGUGCUCCUCGGUCCCAUGGGUAUCGCGAACGCGGAGCGCUCGGUGGACUACAUCCGUGUCAUUGCCGAAUUCAUCUCCCAGCCUGAGUACAGGGACGUCGUCCCCAUGUUUGGUGUUACCAACGAGCCGUUCGGCCCCACCAUCGGCACGGACGCUAUCCACCGCUACUACCUCCAGGCAUACAACACUGUCCGCACUGCCAGCGGCACCGGUGAGGGCAACGGUCCCUGGGUUGUCUUCCACGACGCGUUCUUCGGCCUCACGAACUGGGCGGGCUUCCUCCCGAACGCGGACCGCACGCAGCUCGACAUCCAUCAGUACAUCUGCUUCGGCGGGCAGUCCGCAGACAACUACGGCGCGCGCGUGAGCGCGAACCAGGCGUGCAAGACUUGGGCGUCCGGCCAGAACGACUCGAUGACCGCGUUCGGCAUGACGCACGUCGGCGAGUGGAGUCUUGCGAUCAACGACUGCGGGCAGUGGGUGAACGGUGUGAACCUCGGCGCGCGUUACGACGGCACGUUCAGCGGCGGUGGCUUCCCCUUCACGGGCGACUGCAGCACGUACACGGACUACACGACGUACGACGACCAGUGGAAGGCGGACAUGAAGCAGUUCGCGCUCCAGAGCAUGUCUGCGCUCCAGAACUGGUUCUUCUGGACAUGGAAGAUCGGAAACUCGACCGUGACCGGACAGCCGCCCUCGCCCGCGUGGUCGUACCAGCUCGGGCUGCAGCAGGGCUGGAUGCCGACGGACCCACGCCUCUCCGAGGGCAUGUGCGACAACAGCGACCCCUUCGUCGGCCCGCUCUCCGCGUGGCAGACGGGCGGCGCGGGCGCGGGCCAGAUCCCGCAGACGGUGCAGGCCGCGCUCGCGUGGCCGCCGACCUCGCUCACGGACGUCGCGAACGUAGCCACGAUCCCGCAGUACACGCAGACCGGCGCGCUCGUCACGCUCCCCGCGCCCACGGUCACCGCCGUCAGCGGGAAGGCGACGUCGACGCUGUCCGAGGGCAGCUGGAACAACCCGUCGGACACGCCCAGCAUGUUCGUGCCGAUCGCGACGUGCGGGUACCUCGACCCGUGGAUGGGCCCGAACGCGACGCCCGACCCGUGCCCCGCGCAGACCUCUGCCGCCGCGCGCCGCGAGUACGCGCCCCGCGCGCACAUCACGCCCGCCCCCGUGCGCUCAUAA